GGAAAACAUGGCUGCAGUCAUCACUUGGGUCCUCGCCCUCCUCUCAGUGUUUGCAACCACUCAGGCACGGAAGAGCUUCUGGGACUACUUCAGCCAGAACAGCCAGGGCAAAGGCAUGAUGGGCCAGCAGCAGAAGCUGGCACAGGAGAGCCUGAAAGGUAGCUUUGAGCAAGACCUCUACAAUAUGAACAAUUUUCUAGAAAAGCUGGGACCCUUGAGAGGGCCUGGGAAAGAGCCUCCUCAGCUGGCACAGGAUCCAGAAGGUAUUCGAAAACAGCUGCAGCAGGAGCUGGGGGAAGUGAGCGCACGCCUGGAGCCCUACAUGGCUGCGAAGCACCAGCAGGUAGGCUGGAACUUGGAGGGCUUCAGGAGGCAGUUGAAACCCUACACGGUGGAGCUGAUGGAGCAGGUAGGCCAGAGUGUGCAGGAGCUCCAAGAGCAGCUGCGCGUGGUGGGAGAAGACACCAAGGCCCAGCUCCUGGGGGGCGUGGAUGAGGCGCUGAACCUGCUGCAGGAUAUGCAAAGUCGAGUGCUGCAUCAUACAGAUCGAGUCAAAGAGCUCUUCCACCCUUAUGCAGAACGCUUGGUGACUGGAAUUGGGCACCAUGUGCAGGAGCUGCACCGGAGUGUCGUUCCUCAUGCGGCUGCCAGCCCCGCGCGACUCAGUCGCUGUGUGCAGACCCUGUCCCACAAACUCACGCUUAAGGCAAAGGACCUGCACACCAGCAUCCAACGCAACCUGGACCAACUACGCGAUGAGCUCAGCGCCUUCAUCCGAGUCAGUACAGACGGGACAGAAGAUGGAGACUCCCUGGACCCUCAGGCUCUCUCUGAGGAGGUCCGCCAGAGACUCCAGGCUUUUCGACAGGACACCUUCCUGCAGAUCGCUGCAUUCACGCAGGCCAUUGACCAGGAGACAGAGGAAAUCCAACACCAGCUAGCACCGCCCCCACCUAGCCACAGCGCCUUCGCUCCUGAGUUGCGACACUCAGACAGUAAUAAGGCCCUGAGCAGAUUGCAGAGCCGACUAGACGACCUGUGGGAAGAUAUUGCCUAUGGCCUUCAUGGCCAGAGCCAUAGUCAUCUGGGUGACCCUGAGGGUCACUCAGGUUAACUCUCCAGCUCAUUGUCUGGACCCUGAGCCGCUAGCAUGGCCAACUAGGUAGAGGGUGGAGGGUCCUGCACACUAUAGGUGAAGCCACCAAAGGUGCUGCUGUCCCAACCUAUCCAGCCUCCUCAACUCCCCCACUCAGGUGCAUUACACUCAGUAGGUUU